CCUCUUCCCUCUCCAUCCCAUCAUCCCCUCGCCGCGGUUCCUUCGCUCUCUGUCGCAAUUUUGUUUUCACGAGCUGUGAAAAAAGGGGGCCACCGGAAAAUCUAGAACUCAGUACGAUUUCUCGCUCUCUAUAAUACACAUAGAUAUAGAGGUAUAUAUAUAUAUAGAGAGAGAGAGGGAGGGGGACUGAGAAGGGGGAGGAUUGAGGAAGGAGAUGGAUUGAUUAUUGACUUGUCAUCGAAGGGGGUAAUGGUUUGGGAGGAAGAUGGAAUACAGACAAAUCUUUUUUCGUUGUCGUCUCCGAAUUUCUAGUUUGCCCCUGUUUUGAAUUAUGUUUGUGAAGCAAUUGCGUUGAAAAACCUCUCUUAAUCCUUGCCAAUUGCUUCGCGUGUAUGCAGAGACCCCUAAUUUGAAAGUCCCAACUCUUCUCCUCUGGAAUCGUUGUCUUUUUCCCCUUUCUUAUGUCAGGAAAAGAAAUUUUAGGACCAGAAACAUCGGCAAAUGCGGUGGCAUAUGGAUGCAAGAAAAGUGACGGACGGUAAAUCCGCCGGAGGCCUCUCCCCCUUUUAGAUUCUGAUUUCGGAUCUUUCUAUUGCUUUUCCUGUAAUUAUAAAUGUCGAGAGAAGUGGUUGAACUUGUGGCGGCGAAUUCAAGCGGUUCUGCGGAGGAGGCCGACCGUCUACGGCGGCAGGCUGUCCCUCCGCCUGAUCCGCCGCCGAUUAGCGGAGAAUGUUUGUCUGUUGCCGAGGAAGCGGCGGAGCACGUGCUUAAUUGGGUGCACCCUACGCUCGACUCUGAAGAGAAGAGGACAAUCGUCGUUGAUUAUGUUCAACAACUCGUCAACACUCGUCUGAACUGUGAGGUUGUCUGCUAUGGAUCUGUCCCGCUGAAGACGUAUCUACCUGAUGGCGAUAUCGAUUUAACUGUAAUUAAAGGUGGAAGAUCUGUCGAAUCUCUUGCCCAUGAUGUUCUUGCUCUUCUGCAGGACAAAGAGCAUAAUGAAAACGCUGAGUAUGAAGUUAAGGACACUCAAUUUAUUGACGCCGAGGUUAAGAUCGUGAAAUGCCUAGUGAGAGGAACUGUUAUGGACAUAUCCUUUAAUCAGCUGGGUGGACUGUCUACGCUUUGUUUCCUCGAACAGGUGGAUCGUCUAGUUGGGAGAAGUCAUCUCUUUAAGCGUAGCAUUAUACUGAUUAAAACAUGGUGCUAUUAUGAGAGUCGAAUACUUGGCUCGCACCAUGGCUUGAUUUCUACAUAUGCUUUGGAAAUUCUCAUCCUCUACAUAUUCCAAAAUUUCCAUUCGUCAAUGAAUGGACCUUUGGAGGUACUCUUUAGAUUUUUGGAUUACUACAGCGGGUUUGACUGGGAAAACUAUUGCAUCAGUUUAAAAGGUCCUGUUUGUAAAUCUUCUCUACCCGAUAUCGUAGUGAGGAUGCCUGAAAGUCGUGGGGAAGAUAUGUUGAUUAGUGAAGAAUUCUUGGAGAAGAGCUUGGAAAUGUAUUCUGUUUCUAGCAGAGGGGAUGACACCAGCUCGAAAACUUUUCAGAUCAAACACCUCAAUAUAAUCGAUCCUCUUAAGGAUUACAAUAACCUCGGACGUAGCGUAAACAGAGGUAAUUUCUAUCGCAUACAGAGUGCACUUAAAUACGGAGCUCGCAAACUCAGGCAAAUCCUUAUGCAGCCGAAAGACAAAGUCGCCGAUGAGAUAUACAAUUUUUUUGCAAAUACCCGUGCACGGCAUGGGGAGCAAUACCAAAGUCGUCUCCAGCUUUUUGGUUUCGAUUUUGACGACGACGACUCGUUUACUGCUUCUUUAUCAUCCCCCGAUGGAUUGUCAUCUGAGUACGAUUUACCUCUGAAGUCGUCCGACAGUGACUUAGACAACAAUGGUAAGUUAGAGGCAUGGAACGGCUAUGAGACAGAACUUUCGCCGGAAGGCUGUGGUUCCACCGACAGUCUCUUCAUCUCUGGACAGAGCACGAACGGGGACAAAGAUAGCUUUGAAACAUCUAAUUCGACACUGAGGAAUGGCCAGUCGGGAUCUACUUCGAGUGAGAGGUACACCACUUAUCUUUCCGAGAACCUCUGCCAUAAACUGCAACACUUCGAUAUGAACUCAUCUGCUGAGAAGUUCGGAUUAAAGUCGUGGCUGGAGGACAGAGGUAAACACGCAGAAAUGAACGCUGCGAAUCACUGUUUUACGGACAAUCCUGAAGUUGUCUGUCUGAUGCAUUCGGGUUCAGCCCUCAAAGCCGGUAUUUUGGAAAGCUCAUCUCCAACGAUCCUCGGCGGGGAAUUGGAAGCUAUCGAUCCUUUGGCCGACCUAACCGGCGAUUACGACUGUCACAUUAGAAGUUUACUUCGUGGUCAUUUCUGUUACAGGUUUUCAUCUUCUACAUCUUUAGUGGACGGGACUCAGAACAAGAAAACGAAACAGGACAGCCUCUCUGAAUCCAACCUGGGUAGGCAGAAUACGCUACCUGCGAUGAAUGUUCACAAAAUAUCGACCGAUCAUAUAGUUCACCCCGGCGUUACUUCUGCCUUGUUCGGCACCGCAUUCCAAUUCGAAGGCAAGACGAAAGCUCGAGGCACCGGCACGUACUUCCCGCAAAUGAGUGUUUACUGUGUAGAGAAACCUUCGUUCGGGAGGUUGGCAAGGAACGAUGGAUCCGGGAACCACAACCAUCUUCACAAAUACGAGAACAAGAAUGGCACAUAUCCUGCUCGUGGAGAUCCAGAUGCUUUCGAAUACCACAACUAUGAAAGCAAAUAUCAGGGACAAAGGAAAUCGAGCACAUGGAAACAACCCACUCGGUUGGUCGGAGACAGGAAACCAAUCAAUGUCUAUCCAGGUGCGUCGUGUAAAAUUGAAUUCGGAUCUGUGGGGAAUUUGGCGGAAGACAUGCUUGACGGAUCUGGUUAUGUUAAAGGCGCAUCUCCUUUGGGUUCUUCGCCGAGAACACAGAGGCGAGCAAGGAUGGAAAUCGUGCGACCGAGGGCUGCGGAUGGGACGCUCCACCUUAAGAACCAAGACGAGUUCCCACCCCUGUGUCAAUAAAAAUAAAAUGCACAUCUGUAUAAAACAGCGAAAGAACGAAAGAACAUGUGUUUAUAGUAGAUUCUGACAAAGCUGAGGACUUUCUUAGGUUAGUUACAAAGGCGAAGGCGAGCUCGCCGGAGAGAGUUAUCCAUCUAUGAUGUCAGGUAACUUUUUUGUCCUUUUGUGACAAUGCCCGGUCGAUAGAAUAGCGUGCGCGCGUGUAGUGUAGUCGGGAGCUUUGGUUUUGGAAUUUAUCGGAUUGAGAUCAUGUAGUUUGAUCUAGGUUGUUGAUGGUUUUCCGUAUGCCAUGCCGUUAUAUGA